CCGUUUCAAAAACUGAUAAAAUCGCACAGUCACUUAAUUUUCCUAAUCUUCAGAGAAACUGAUUAAAAAAAAAAAAAGAAAGAAAAAAUAGUCUCUAACUUCUAAGCACUGUAUAAAUCUGUAGCAGACGACUUGGUGCAAAAUGCGAAGGAGGAAGUGAAACAUUUUAUUAUUAAUGUGUUUCUGUUUUGUAAUGUUUUCUAACCAAGUGAAUUCUCGAGAUUUGUUCUAUAGCAACCCAAUCGAUCAUUUCCUAGUACAAGAUGCAACGCAGAAAAUAAGUAGGGAGUCUGGCUUCAGCUCCAGUUUUAGUCGCAAUCAGAGUGGAAACUCAAAAGAUCUUUAUCAAUAUUCAGGCUCUGAAGAUCUGUUUAGUCACACAGAGAACAGCAAUAUGUAUGAUUCUCAGCCUGCAAGUCAUAAAUUGGAUUACCAGAAAUAUAUUUCACAAAAUCUUAUCUUGGGGAAAAUUAACAAAUCUCCUGAGACCACUUCUGUAAACAAACAGACUGCAGAUAAAGAUUUGAAAAAGAAUUCAAACUUUAGAGCAUGUUUAUCUGACACAGAAUUUAUUAAUCAAAGUGAAAUGAAAGAAAUCAGGGAUUUAUUCAGAUCUCUGACUGCAGUAAUACAGAAACUUAAUGUUGAUGUUUUAAUUGUUAAAGACAAUGUAAAGGAUAUUAAAGAUGAAAUAUCUAGACAAAAUGAAAACUUUGAAUCAUUUAAGGAUAUUUUAGGAAAACAAGAAAGAAAAUUAAAUGAAGUAGAAAUUUCCUUAGAAAAGUGCAAUCAAAAACAAGAUGAAUAUUAUGCAGAUUUGAAAUGCAUAGCAAGAGGAACAAAUGAGAAUGUUGAGAAUAUGAUAGUCGAAGUAAGAGAUGGCAUUCAAUGUGGCAGUAAAGUUUCAGAAAGCAUAAAGAAAAUUUUAUCUGCUCAUGAAAAUUCUCAUAAGAAAUUUCUGUGUGAUGCAAAAAAUCAAAACAAAAGUAUUAUAAGAGCACUGCUGAUUCAAUAAAAAUUUGAGAAGAAAUUUCUUUAACAGCAGCAUAGCAGUCUUCUCUUAGACAGAUAGCCUUAGUGUGCUUUGCCGUAAUUGACUAAACCUGAACCUAAAACCAGCCCAUCAACAAAAAAAGAAAAAAACCUGAUGGACAAUAUUUCACUUUUAUAUAAUAUAGGGUUAUAUAUAUUUGCUUUACAAUUAAAAUAUUAAUUACUUGAAUGAAUGUUUUAAUGAAAUAAAUAGCAUUAUUUUGUAAUUUGGUAAUUGUUUUUAAAAAGAAACAUUGAUGAAUCGGUACUUGGUGUAUUUAGUAGCAUUUUGUAAACUGAAAAAUUUAUGUAUUUAUCCUAGAUGAUAGACCACACAUUGUCUUUGAAAUCUAUGAAAGAUAUUUAUUUGAGAUUUUUGUAUGUGGAUGUAGAUAGUAGUUUUUGUAAUGAAGUUAAAUAAUUGCUGUUUAUAAUAAUGGCAAAAAUGUAUUAUUUAGUCGAGGUGUUAGUCACAAAGUGAACAAACACCUUUACUGAAAUAUCAGUUUUUGCUAUUAACAUAAGCUAUAAUUUAAAUAACUGCUGUUUAUAUAAAUAACAAAGUGUGCUGCUCAUUAAAGGUGGACACAUAGUGACUAAUAUUAUGAAGACAAAAAUUAUUGAUAAAUAUGAAGUUAACUUGAAAUUGUGAGCUAUCCAAAAGAUAACUGAUAAAAAAUGUCAGUGAAGAUCAGUGAUGACUUCAUUAGACAUGCUGAUUUCAUCCUUCAAUAUAUUUUUAUUAAAUAUUUAACUUGGUUUCUGUUAUAUAUGCAGUUUUCAUUCCUGUUAUUAAUGUAAUUUUAGUCUUAAAUUCUUGAUUUUUCUAAUAAUUUGCAUCUGUCAUCUUGUAUCAUUAUGCAUCAUAUAUAAAGUAGUAAUUUUAUUAUGAAAUGAAAUUCCACAGUUGCUUUUGGAAAAUUUGAGGGAAUUUUUGAAAAUUCAUCAGUAAUAAAUUCUUUCUCAAAUAUCAGAUAAGUCCACAAAUUUUAGAAUUUUCCUCAUUAUUUUGUAGUAUCAAUUAUAACUAUAAGAUUAUUUUUGUACUGAAGUAAUUUUGAUAUUCCCUUAAAUAGAAUUUAGCCAAAAAAUGUGUUGGGAAAUCUAAAUGUAAUGUUCUAAAACUAAAUCAAAAUUCCAAAUCUUAAAUUGCACCUCAAGAUAUGAGGCCUUAUGCAUUCAACUGGAGAAUGUGUGUAAUUAUCUUUUGUGGUUUCCACUCAUUUUUUCUUGAAAAAAUAAGUUGGCUACAUUCUCUAGCUCUCAUCAUUUGUAUUAAUAGAUUUAGCAUCAAAACGCAGCUGACAGAAAAUGGUUUCUAGACAUUGAUCUUUCUCAGAAUAAAUCUGGAAAAAAACAUGCAACUAGAAUGUGCACUCAGUAUAUAGGGAGAAGUUUCAUGUGAAUAAAAUUCUUUAAUGUUAAUGAAGAUCACAGAAAUCUUCAUUUAGCCAAAUUUGCAUUAAUACAUAUUCUUGUCCAUGAAAUUACGAUUUAUCCCAUGAUAAAAUUUCAAAUUUUGCCUUCCCCCCCUUUCUAUUAUAAAAUUAUUAUCCUAAUCAUAUUUUAGAUGUUUGUGACGAUAUAUCUUAAAUGUGAAUGAAAGUGGAAAAGUAUACUAUUGCUUUUGAUAUUGUUUCAUAACUAUUUUAUUGUAGUUUUGAUGAAAUUAUUA